CGCCCAUUGCAGUUCAUCACAGUACAGAUCACUGCCAUAAUUAAUCAAUAAUGACACAAAUAGAAAACCUUGAAUUCAAAUAGAGUACUAAAGUAAGUCUAAUUAAUAAUUAAGCACAGCGCAGUAAAAUAUAUUAAAAAAACUAGCCCAAUUCAAUGUUGAGUAGGAAGUCAAUGUAAAUGUCGCCGAUAUAAAAUGAAAAAGUUUAAGUAAAAUAACAAAAUAUUGGACUGAAGUGAUGAUGGCACAACGGUAAAAGCCAAAAAGCGAUUGGUGAAGUACAUAAGGCUAAGUGUUAAGGUAAAAUCAACACACGCAACAGCACAAAUUAGUUAUAAAAAACUUACAAAAUACAUCUGAAAUAAAGCAACGGUGGCACUUGGAAGCGGGCAUAGCAGCAUAAAACUCUUGGGUUGUAAUGAAAGCAAACAAAGAAAUUUAGAAAUUAAUAGAAAAAACUUUAUAACAAAAUAUUCCAAUACACUUAAGUAAAUAAAAAUAACAAAAUAUCAACAGAUAUCACAGCAGGAAGCCGAGAAAUAGAAGUUUCUCAUACAUUUGAACACUAAAUCCAGUACUCGCCAUAUUACUAAGGCAGCUAAACAUCUAUACCAAAACUGAAAUACAGCAGUGCUAGUUUUUUCAAUUGACUGCAAAAACCAAAAGCUUUAAACCUGAAUAAAGCACUAAUACGUUAGUGGAGGCUUUCGUGAGCAGAUAUCAGUUUGAGCAGCAGAGAACUUGAGAACACUUCAAAGUACUGCAGUUGAAUUAGGAAGUGAAAGCUCCAAGCACUAUUGAAGUGAAAGCUUAAACGGUCAGUGGCAAAACAGUACCGCAAAUGAAAGAAAAUGGUCUCGAUCGACGACGAAGACGAUCACAAUCACCAUAAUGCCGAAACUGAAAGAACAUCAGGAAAAACCACACUACAGACUCUCAAAACAAGCAGUGGUGACUACCGCCGCUGCACUUCGACUUACACCGACAACAAACGCAAUACAACUUAUUCACAUUUCUUACGCAAAACACGAAGAAAAAGCAGCAAUCGUAGCUUUAAAGCAUCCACGCCUACGUCGAAUAUACGUAAGUGUCAAGCGCUAAGCGCCUACUGGCAUAAUAUACUGACUUCACGUAGCAAAAGCUUUAUCGGCAACACUCGAGUGGGCAGCUUUCACAUUACGCAAAGUUUACAAAGCUUGGAAGUUACUGAAAGCGAUGUCAAAAGGAAGACAAGCAAUACGUGUACCAACAACAAUCAGUUAAGCUUCGAAGGCGCGCGAAAUUGCCGUGAAUGCCCUGAAAUGAAGCUAGAAUGGAAUGUAAAACGCAGCAAGAGUGAAACUAGUUUAAGCAAUAAUUGCAGCGAAGGAGCUUUCAAGAACACACCAAGUUGUUGUAGUAGUGAAAGUGAAAGCGUUUUGAAGGAGUGUAAGCUUCGAGCAAGCGAAGUAGAAGUGAACCUAAAGCAUUUUAAAAGCAGCGUGAGCAGCAAUAAAGCUAAUUGCGACAGCGCCAGCGGCAGCAGCAGCAGAAGCGGCCAUAAUAGACAUACCAGAUGCGGUUGGACUGACAGAAGCAAGAGCUACGUAACCGGAAGCAAUAAUAGAGAGACAAAUGGCAGCUAUCGCAGAAGACCACAAACCAUUGAAAGACUGUGCAAACGCAAAAAAAGACGCUUGCGGCGGCGUCGAAAAAGAAAAGAAUACACUAGUCAACAAAGUGAGGAGGAGAAAAAUCCGAAACAUACAACAAUAUCAACAACUAGCGAGCAAAUAGCAACAACAUAUAAAACAAUCUUAUCACCAGUAGUGGCAUUUAAUGUACACGAAACUCAUAAACGAGCAAUUGGUAUACACGCACAACCGGUAACAGCAACAACAGCAGCAACUACACAUCACGACACGCUUGGGGGCUUGUCAACAAUAGCAGAAUUGUCAUCAACAUCAAAUACAACAGAAAUGCACAAAGAUAUAUUGCCAGCUUCAGCGACACUUCCCAAAUUCACCGAUUGUCACAAGCACAGCAAUAAAAGUUGCUGCAGUGGCAGUUUAACUGGUGUGCAACAACACUCAAGAAGUAGCAAUAAAAUGGCGACAAUAAAUACGUGCUCAGCGGCCGUAGCAGCGGCAUCUUCACCUUCAUCUGCAGUAUGCGACGCUGCAUCGCCUGCCAUACGCUUGUCGGCCUUUUACGCCACCACCACGUUGCGCCUAUUUUUAACUACAUUGACAACACUCAUUGCCAGCACAACACCGACAACAUUCACAGCUACAAAAUACUCAUGGAUAUUUUUAUGGAUAUAUGUGAAUUUAACUGCUAGAGUUGGUCUAGCAGGAUAUCAUGAAAAGAGACUGCUACAUGAUCUUUUAGAUCCUUAUAAUACCCUAGAGCGUCCGGUUUUAAACGAGUCGGAUCCGUUACAAUUAAGCUUUGGUUUAACUUUAAUGCAAAUAAUCGACGUGGAUGAGAAAAAUCAAUUGCUCGUCACGAAUGUUUGGUUGAAAUUGGAGUGGAACGAUAUGAAUCUGCGUUGGAAUACAUCCGAUUAUGGCGGUGUUAAAGAUUUACGUAUUCCGCCGCAUCGGAUAUGGAAACCGGAUGUGCUGAUGUACAACAGCGCCGACGAGGGUUUCGAUGGCACAUAUCAAACGAAUGUGGUGGUGCGCAAUAACGGUUCGUGCUUGUAUGUGCCACCAGGCAUUUUCAAGUCCACUUGCAAAAUCGACAUCACGUGGUUUCCGUUCGAUGAUCAACGCUGCGAAAUGAAGUUCGGCAGCUGGACUUACGAUGGAUUUCAGCUGGACUUGCAAUUACAAGAUGAAACUGGCGGUGAUAUCAGCAGUUACGUGCUCAACGGCGAGUGGGAACUAUUGGGUGUUCCAGGCAAACGUAACGAGAUUUACUACAACUGCUGCCCCGAACCGUACAUCGACAUCACAUUUGCCAUCAUCAUCCGACGUCGUACGCUGUAUUAUUUUUUUAAUUUGAUUAUACCUUGCGUACUGAUCGCAUCGAUGGCGCUGUUGGGUUUUACGCUACCACCAGAUUCGGGAGAAAAACUAUCAUUGGGUGUCACAAUUCUACUCUCGCUCACUGUCUUCCUCAACAUGGUGGCUGAAACAAUGCCCGCCACAUCCGAUGCCGUGCCACUCUUAGGUACAUAUUUCAAUUGCAUAAUGUUUAUGGUAGCUUCAUCCGUUGUGUCAACGAUUUUAAUAUUAAAUUAUCAUCAUCGAAAUGCUGAUACGCACGAAAUGUCCGAAUGGAUACGCAUCGUAUUUUUAUGUUGGCUGCCAUGGAUUCUACGCAUGAGUCGUCCUGGUAGGCCACUCAUAUUGGAAUUUCCUACGACACCCUGCUCGGACACAUCAUCGGAACGGAAACAUCAGAUACUGUCCGAUGUUGAACUGAAGGAGCGCUCUUCGAAAUCGUUGCUCGCCAAUGUGCUCGACAUCGAUGAUGAUUUCCGACACAACUGCCGCCCGAUGACGCCCGGCGGCACCUUACCGCACAAUCCCGCUUUCUAUCGCACCGUUUAUGGUCAAGGUGAUGAUGGCAGCAUCGGUCCGAUCGGUAGCACCCGCAUGCCGGACGCCGUUACGCAUCAUACGUGCAUCAAAUCAGCAACGGAAUAUGAACUAGGUUUAAUUUUGAAGGAAAUUCGCUUUAUAACCGAUCAGCUACGUAAAGAAGACGAGGAAAAUGACAUUGCCAAUGAUUGGAAAUUCGCAGCUAUGGUCGUUGACAGACUGUGCCUUAUCAUAUUCACAAUGUUCACAAUAUUAGCCACAAUAGCUGUACUACUAUCAGCACCACAUAUUAUUGUCUCGUAGCCAUAUGAGCGAGGUUAUUGUUAUUGGUUUUAUUAUAAAAUCAAUUUGUUAAUUAUUAAAUUAAUAACGAAAAUUUUUAAGUAAACUUUAAAAUUUAAAACCAAAAAAAACGUAAAAAAAUGUAAACACAAACAAACGGAAAACGCAACACAGCCAAAAGACGCACAAUACACAUGCAAAGUACACAUUUAACACACACACACACAUACGCUGAUAUACACACUUAAACGUCGUACACAUAUACACACAUACACACGCGAAAUGUCAGCUAAAUGCAAACUAAAAACAAAAAAUUAGCGAAAAUUAAUUUCUGCAAGAAAAUUGAGAAAAAAAAACAAAAAAUAUCAACGCAACAAUCAAGCGAAAUUUACAAAAAAAGGUGAAAAUCUAAACAUGCAAAGUAAUCAGACAUAAAGAAAAACAAAUCAUGAAUCGCAGAAAAAUAACACAAUCCCCAACAACAACAAACAAUCAACCCAAAACAAGCAAACUUGCAAACAGUAACAGAAAUACACUGGAAAAAAAAUCGAAAAAAUAAUUAAAAAUGCUUAAACUAUUAAACGAGUUUAAACAAACAAAAAAAUCGUAAAACCAAUUAAAAACAAAAAUAAAACACAAAAAUCGUAACACAUUUAAACCAAAAAAUUAAAAGUACUUUAGUUAAAAUAUUACAAUAGUAAACAAAAACUUUUUCUCUUCCUAAACAAAAACUUAGCGCGUAAAUAGAUUUUUUAAUUAAAUAUAUUUAAAAGAAAGAUUUGAACUCAUUUCAGCAACUAGGAACUAGCAUGAAUAAGUUAAGCAGACGUUGAAAAAGUCUAGAAAGUAAAAUAAAGUGAACUCUGUAAGAGAAACAAACAGUCACUCCCAUUAGUAUUCACCCAACUAUCUAUCCAAACACCCAAUUACCCGCUAAAGAGCAAAUGUUAUCCACCAACUUUGAUUCGUUUUUGUUUAAAGUUAAAAGAGAAAAAAUGCAAGUUGUUCGAAUAAAACCGCUCCUUACGAACAGCUUCCAUAAGCUGUACUCUCGCGUAACCGGACAAGCACAGAUACUUUUAGUGCGCUAUUCCACAAACGGGCAUACUUUCUGAAGUACUGGAAACUUAGUCGCACGUUUUUUAGUUUGUUUUGCAAAAAAACAUAAAUAGUUUUUUUUUUUUAUAUUCAGUUUUUUUUAUUAUAUUUUGUACAUCAGUGAGCUUUCCAUUAUAAAGUGGAUCGAGUCAUUCACCAGUCAAGUUUCAUAGUGAGCCCUUCUUCUACUUUUAAGUUAUAGCAAUCCACAAUCAAGCUACAAGCUCUGUUAGACCUUCGACUUGAAUCUAACUUGCAUAGUUAAGUAGCCUUUUCAUAUUCAGCUCGCCAAAGAAAAGUAAUUUCUUCCACAAAAAAUUGACUUACAAAAAAUAUUUCAUAAGAUUUGUAUAGCAAAGUCUAUGUAUGUCAGUUUCUCAAAAGCUUUGGAAGAAUUAAUUAGGACAAAUGAAAUAACAAAACACUGCUCUGGAAAAGCUUCUACCAAUUCUAAUUACUUCAUAUCCAGUCUUCCUGAAAUUCAUUUUAUGUCUACUCAGCUGAUUAAUACACUACAACUAUUCAAAUAGUAAACGUAGUGAGACCUCGGUUGGUCCGCACAAGAGAGAGUAAUUUCUUGCGAUAUCGAAGACUUGUUAUAGGAAAAAAUGUCCGCUCAAAAGCACAGUUAGAAGAGCUUGCAAUGUACUUGACAUUUAUAUAUGUAUUAACUACAAUUUAUUAUCCUACAGAAAACAACUAGCAUUACUUAACUAUGUGAAAGCUUAAAGCUUUAGCCAACAAAAAAUAUAGAUGACAGAGAGACCAAUUAUGCUACAAAUAAAGUAGCAAAAUUUGGGAGUUCUUCACAAAGUAAGCAUAGGUGCUAAAAAAUCUCGUUAGAAAUAAUAUUCUUGUGAGAAAUACACAUAAACACAAAUGAGUAGCAUCAAAAUUCGAUAAUUCGCAUAAAUUCAAUCUUUGUCCUCGAAAUUCAGUAAAUCUGCUGAAGAAGAUGGCAGAGCUUUAAGUAAAUGCAUUAGAAGUCUUCUGAAAUUGCCUUCUCUUGAAAGCUUAUGCUACUAAGAACGCUUCCAGUCAUCACACCAGCUUGCUUGCCCUUGUUCGCCAAGCGCUGAUUCCUUUCAAUCAAUGCAGGCAAAUGAAUUGUAAUCUGCUCUGCUCUAUUUUCAAUGAUCACUUUUAAGCUUGCCAAGGUAUAUGC